AACUAGGCGAACACAGAUCUUCAGCUAUCUUCAGGGUGCGCCACGUCGUCGUGUCAACACACCUUCGUUGGGGAUGAACAAACGAGGGAUAUCUAACGUAGAUAUGCUGGCACAGUGGCUAACGGCGUGUGAUGUGGACAAACCGAGGGAAAUCGUUGGGAAUCGUCAGAGAAAUGAGCACGCCGUCAUCCCCUGCCGUUUGACCAAACAGUCGGGCCCGUCGACUCGCUCGCCAAUUCAAUACUAUGCAGGCAUGCAUCGACUAUCUUCGAGCCAGCUUGCUGGUCCACUUGCCACCCGUUGGGGAAUGUCCGCAGCCCCGUCGAUACGUCAGUCGGCGUCAACGAGGGUCGUGCAGUCGCUCAUCCACGAUCACGGAGCAGCAACGUUAGACAAGAGACGCAUCGACAUCGACAUCGACUGCGGCAUAAAUAGAAACCUCGUUCCCGACGAGCGGAUCCCACACGUUGUGGCAUACUGCAGGCUUCAAGUUUAUCUGGCGCGGCGCAGCCGAUUCGUCCUAGUCGAUGAUUGCGGCACCACACACGGCUCACGAGGCGGAAUGACAAGGCCAACACCGUUAUCCAGCACGUUGAGCCGCUGGACAACACUGUCGGCGUCGAGUGCGUCGUCGCUCAUCCACUACACUACACGACUGUGGCCAGGACUCAUUCGACACGCGCACGUCGACGUGGGGGGCUGA